AUGGAGGACCCCUGGGGACCCGGGGAGGACCCCGAGGACUCGCGGAGGACCCCUGAGGACCUGCAGAGGACCCCUGGGGACCCGGGGAGGACCCCGAGGGUGCGCGGAGGACCCCUGAGGACCCGUGGAAGACCUCUGAGGACCCGCGGAGGACCCCGAGGACCCGGGGAGGACCCCUGGGGACCUGAGGAGGACCCCUGGGGACCCACGGAGGACCCCGAGGACCCGGGGAGGACCCCGAGGACCCGCGGAGGAGGCGGCCAUCUGCGAGCCCCGGGACCAGCCCUGCGACACCCUGCUCUUGGACAUCCAGCCUCUGGACCUUUGAGAAAAUGGAGAUCUGCUGCCUCAGUUCCCGUCUGGGGUACUUUGCCGCGGUCUGGUGGGUGCCCUGUUACAGGUGAAAAGCCCAAGGCUGCGGAGGCGAUAAGAAAUGCACCCAGGCUCACGAGGCUGGUGAGUGGCUGGGGCGGGGAGCCUGACCCACACUCCGUCCCCCAGCUCUUCCCACCGAGUUCUUGGGAAGAAGGGGCAUUGUCCUCUCUCCCUGCCCCCGCAAUCCCCGUGAGGAAGGGGCCUGGCCUCCGACGCGGCUGCGGUCAGGGGCUGCCCAGGCCCCGCCCCCGUGGUGGGGGGGCCGCAGGCGGAACGCUGGGGACUCGGGAGCCGCCACCUGCCUCUAGUGCUCAGCUGACUAGUGGGGUCCAGCCCAGCACCCAGGCCCCUUUCCCCGACCACCUCCCCGACCCUCAGCCCUGCGGGCCCAGGCUCUGCCUGCACAGGCGCUCCAUCCGCCUGGGGCCUCCACACAGCUGCCCCGCACCCGCCCCAGGAGCAGGGACGGCCGGUGAGCCUGGAGCUCCGCUCAAGAGGGCCUGGCACAUGGUCUGUCAGGACAGAGAGACAUGUGUGAUUCGGAGCAGAGGGCUCGGAGGGAGAGCCUGGGCUCGCAGCCGGGAGGCCAGGGGAAGCGCCUUCUCCCCGCGAUGCUGCGGGCAGAACUCGCUGUGA